UAUAAAAAGGAGGACAAAAAUUCGAGUGAAACUGACUCUGCUAGAACAGUGCCGUGCUUUUCCACAGAAGAUUAGACCCCAAGAGAGAUGGCUCAACACCACGUAUGGAUCUUGCUCCUUUGCCUGCAAACCUGGCCAGAAGCCGCUGGAGAAGACUCAGAAAUCUUCACGGUGAUUGGGAUUCUGGGAGAAUCAGUCACUUUCCCUGUAAAUAUCCAAGAACCACAGCAAGUUAAAAUCAUUGCUUGGACUUCUGAAACAUCUGUUGCUGUUGUGAAACCAGGAGACUCAGAAAUAGCACCCACAGUCACUGUGACCCACAGAAAUUAUUAUGAUCGGAUACAUGUCUUAGAUCCAAGCUGCAACCUGAUCAUUAGCGAUCUGAGGAUGGAAGAUGCAGGAGACUACAAAGCAGAUAUAAAUACAGAGACUGCUCCCUACACCAUCACCAAGCACUACAACCUGCAAGUCUAUCGUCGGCUUGGGAAACCAAAAAUUACACAGAGUUUAAUAACAUCUGUGAACAGCACCUGUAAUGUCACACUGACAUGCUCUGUGGAGAAAGAAGAAAAUAAUGUGACAUACAGAUGGAGUCCCCUGGGAAAAGAGGGUGAUGUCCUUCAAAUCUUCCGGACUCCUAAGGACCAAGAGCUGACUUACACGUGUACAGCCCAGAACCCUGUCAGCAACAAUUCUGACUCCAUCUCUGCCCAGCAGCUCUGUGCAGAUAUCCCAAUGAGCUUCCGUACUCACCACACCAGUUUGCUGAGCGUGCUGGCUAUAUUCUUUCUGCUUGUUCUCAUUCUGUCUUCAGUGUUUUUGUUCCGUUUGUACAAGAGGAGACAAGACUGUGGAUCUGUAUGUAUUUGUGAGACAGAUGCGGCCUCAAAGAAAACCACAUACACAUAUGUCAUGGCUUCAAGGGACACCCGGCCAGCAGAGUCCAGAAUUUAUGCUGAAAUCCUCCAGUCCAAGGUGCUCCCCUCCAAGGAAGAGCUGGUGAACACAGUUUAUUCCGAAGUGCAGUUAUCUGAUAAGAUGAGGAAAGCCAGCACACAGGACAGUAAACCACCUGGGACUUCAAGUUAUGAAAUUGUGAUCUAGACUGCCGGGCUGAGUUUUCCCUCUGGAAACUGAAUUACAGCCACCAAUAUUGGCAGGUUCCCUGGACCCAGCUCUCUGCCCAGCUCUUACUAGGAAAAUGCAAAUUGCCAUAUUUCAACAUGUAAGCAAAGCAGGAAACCUUCUGUUACUGGGCAUAGCUUGUGCCUAAGUGGACAAAUGAAUGCAUACCCUUCCUGAAAUGGCUCCCUUCUGGAUGAAUGACGAAGCAGGUUAUCUAACCUAGUGCUUCCCAAACUUCUUCCCAUCCUAGUAUAUGUAGAAAAUAAUAUUGUUAUGGCACACCGGGGUGUGUCAUAACUGAUUGCAACAAUCAAGAUUGCUCACAUCUGGAAGCUGCAUAUGACCAGAGGCCUCUCAUGACUGAAGGUAACAAACCUGCCCAGCAACUGUGGGAGAAGGGGAUCAAUAUUUUGCACACCUGUAACAGGGCAUGUCACACCAGCCAAGAUGCUCUGCUCACCUCACUGUCAGUAUGUGUGAAGAUCCCCAGUGUGUGGCCUCCACCAGUCCCUACCUCACAAAUUUGGAAAAGGUACCCUUCACUUGAGGCAGAUGCAGCCCUUCCCCCGAGUGCAUGGCUUGGAGAGCGGAAUGUGGGCUGCAUAUGAGCACACUCAUCCCUUUCUCUGGAAAUCUUUGUGCAGGGCACAACGUGCUCGGUAACUCCAAACACAAAUGAUGGUGCUGUGUGGGUCUCUGUCAGGGUUGUGGCUCUCAGCCAUGUCAACAUGCUCUCCAAAUGGAGUGUUGGAAAAUGUUCUUUCUGUAGGGUCUAGAGACUGCUGGGCGUUUUUCAUGGUGUGCUACUUCAGAAUCUCGUAGGAUUUUCUUUCUGGCUAAGCUUUCCUUCUGUAUCACUCCAAGCAUCCUCAGCAGAAGAAGCAGUCAUGCCCAGUAUUCUCGCUUUCCGAAAAGAAUUGACCAGCUUAUAUUUCUCACACUUCUGGGGAACUGGGUGUAAUCCAACCAGCAAAACAGAAGACCUUUCAAGAAGCAGAGUCAUCCUCCAGAAGGAACUGGGAGAUGAUGGUGCAAUUAUGAAACUGGGUUCAUCCCAGUUCCAAAGGCCCAGAGAACUACAGAGUUGAGGCAGAGGCAGAGUGCCCCCACCCUGGCACCCCCCACAAACAGACCACCAGCCAGCUGACACGUGUAUUAACUCUCCGCAAUGAGGAAGAAUCACUCACAGCUGAGCAGGGCAUUCAUAUGACCAUGUGAGGACGUGUUUGCCUUAUGUGCUGGCAAAUAAAAUCAGCUAACUCCUAAAUCCCCACCAACAGUUCUAGGCUGGACAGCAGAAAUGAGCUGCAUUUAGGCAGAUGACAACAUCAGUCCCAGUAAAUGAAACCACAGACCCAUCUAGCACCAACUAUCAGUGCUAUGUUAGGGGCUGCAAGGCCCCAAAGUAGAAAAUGUGCAGAAUGUCUGCCCUUGUGUAGCUGAGGAGUCAAUUCCAGCACAGACACUACAGUUAAAUCUGAACUGCAGCUACAAGUGAUGGCAUAAACUAGAACAGUCAAAAAAGACGUUAUGAUGGGGCAGGGCUGAAGCUGGGCCUUGAAGGAUGGAUGAAAUUUGGAUAGAGAAUGAGGAAGACAGGGGGAAAGAUGCUUCUUUCUCCAAGUGAAAGAAGCAUGAAAAAUGAGCAGGGGCCUGGAUCAGUGGGGUGUAUUCAGAGCACCUCUCCAGAUGCACCAUGCAUGCUCACAAUCCCUUGCCUAUGCUUAGCAGGGUGCCCCAGCCAGACAGGUGAGCUUCACCCCGUGUCCAUUUACAUGUCCUUCAAUGCCCACCUCAAAUGGGCAUUAUACCUCUUCUAUAAAGCUUUCCCUGGUAUCAGGAGUCAAAAUUAACCAGAGAUCUUUUCACAUUGCUGUUUUUUCCCCUUUGGUCCUUCUAGCACUAGAACUCAUCUCGUUCUACCUUAUAGCAUAAAUAAUUAUUUGUUUUCCUCACUACAUUGUACGUGUGGGAAUUAGAGAUAGACAGAAGCCGGCUGGGUGUGGUGGCCCACGCCUGUAAUCCCAGCACUUUGGGAGGCCAAGGUAGGCCCAUCACCUAAGGUCAGGAGUUCAAGACCAGUCUGGCCAACAUGGUAAAGCUUGGUCUCUACUAAAAAUACAAAAUUAGCCCAGUGUGGUGUCACACACGUGUAGUCUGAGCUACUCUGAAGGCUGAGACAGGAAAAUCACUUGAACCUGGGAAGUGGAGGUUGCAGUGAGCCGAGAUCACGCCACUACACUCCAGCCUGGGAGAGACAGAGCGAGACUCUAUCCCCACCCCCUGCAAAAAAAAAAAAAAGGGAGAGAGAAAGAGAGCUAGAAGUCAAUAAUCAUGGUGCAAUCAAAUUCUGGCAAGCGCUAAAUAUCAGGUUAUGGUGCUCACACCUGUAAUUCCAGCACUUUAGGAGGCCAAGGCUGGUGGAUCACUUGAGGUCAGUAAUUCAAGAGGAGCCUGGUCAACAAGGUGAAACCCUGUCUCUACUUAAAAUACAGAAAAUUAGCUGGGCGUGGUGGCGCACACCUAUAAUCCCACCUACUCGGAAGGCUGAGGUGGGAGAAUCUCUUGAACCUGGGGGGUGGAGGUUGCAGUGAGCUGAGAUCCUGCCACUGCACUCCAGCCUGGGCAACAGAGUGAGACCCUGUCUCAAAAAAAGUUAAAAUAAAAUAAAUAUCAGGAUGCAUACAUCAGAGGCUGUUCCUGGUGUAAGGGCACUUUGGAGGGAAAAGACUUUCAGAGUUAGGCAGACCAACUAAGAGGUCAGCUGAAGCACCAAACCAGUUGUAAGGAGGUGGAAGGCAGCGCCCCAGAAAGACACAUGCAGGAAGAAGUAAAGAGGCUUGGUCGUAAAGGAUGGAGGAGUUCCAAAGUGACACUGAGCAGGCUGUGUUUCUCCUAAAAUAAAGCCACUCCUCACUCUGUGGAUGCGUUGAACACUCACUCCUGAACACCUUUAUUCUCUAACUUGCCCUCUUCCUCUUCCUAAUAUGCUCAGUCAAGUACAAUUCCUAGUGUCCUAAUGCCCCUGUGCGUAUUGUCGAAAAUAAAAAUAAAAAUCAGAAACAGGUUAGAUCUGUUAGGUCUUUCAGAAGGAUGAAGCCAGAGCCCAGGAAUUCUGAAGGUGUUCUUUGGGCUCAGGACACCCUGCUCCUGUCUCUCCUUUCACUGUUUCUCUCCUACAAAUCUCCUGAUUCAUUAACACAUUAAAUAGCCUUCUCUCUAGGGCUCAGUUCUUAGAUUUUCCUCCGUAAAAUGCAUGUGAUCUUAUUUUCCUCUCCACAACUUUCCAGAUGAACUAGAUUGUGACCAAGAGGUGUAUAAAAUCAAAGCACCACGGAACAGGAUCUUGUAUCCAGCCCAAGUGGGCCUGUUUUAAACUAUGUGCAUCAAAACGGAAAUCUCAAAGAGCCCUCUGGUGGAAAGCUCUAGUAGGUGAGGACAGUGUCUGCCUGCAGACACCUUGGGCUUUACUGAGGGACUCAACUGAGAAAAUGAGGAACACUGCAGCUCAUGUUCCUUAGAAGAAGAAAGUGAAGCUAGUUUAAAAUAUGAUUUUAAAAAAAUAUAUAGAACACUCAAACUGCACAGACUAUGAGAAAAUAGCCUGGUUGGGCCAGCUUGGAAACCAGGCACAGGCAGGAAGGAGCCUGUCUGGUUUGUGCUGUGUCCACAGAGAGAACUUCUUAGAUCCUGCCUGGAGAGAAGGAAUGCUGGGCUAUAUUUUCUUCCAGACUCAUUAUUUUUCUUCUGUUUGACCUUUCUCUGAAUUACCCUUGAUUUGUAUAAAUUUCCUCAAGAAUAGUGACUGCCUCUACUAGUUGUAAAAUGAAGCUAUAAGGCCUGGCAUGGUGGCCCACGCCUAUAAGCCCAGCACUUUGGGAGACCGAGGCGGGUGGCCUGAUCACAAGGUCAGGAGUUCAAGACCAGCCUGGCCUACACUGUGAAACUCCAUUUCCACUAAAAACACAAAAAAAUUAGCCAGGCCUGGUGGCACAUGCCUGUAGUCCCAGCUACUCAGGAGACUGAGGCAAGAGAAUGGCUUGAACCCGGGUGACAGAGGUUGCAUUGAACCAAGAUUGUGCCACCGCACUCCAGCCUGGGCAACAGACCAAGACUUUGUCUCAAAAAAAAAAAAAGAAAAAAAGAAAGAAAAAAUGAAGCUUGAAGAACAAAGGCAACAUGAGGAACUAUAAUGAGUGGUCGUAAACGUGGGCUCUGACAGUAGAGUGCCUGGGUCUGAAUCCUGGUUUCUUAGUCAUGUGACCUUAGUCAAGUUACUUUAACUCCACUGUACCUCAGUUUGCCCCUCUGUAAAAUGGGGAUAACAAUAGUUCCUACCUUGUAGGGUUGUUGUGGGGAUUAAAUGAGGUGUUGCUCAUACAGGAAUGUGCCUGUGCAUGGCAAAGUCCUGGAUUAUUUUUUAACAAGCUGUUCUUACAGGCCUGAAACCUUCAGAAGAUGCUAAUCGAAAUUUAUGAAAUAAGCUUCUUAUAACAGAAAUGCAGCUAGCACUAUGCAAAAUUAAUGUCAUAUAUCAAACUCUUAACUCUCAUCCCUCCUUAGUCAGAUAUAUUUUGCUAUAUGCAAUGUUUGUUCCCCCUGUUAUACCACAAUCUAUUGACCUGAUGCUAUCCCUGUCUCCCAGUUAGACUGAGAAAACAGGAUAUAUCUAACUAAUAAUAACAAUAAAUAAUAAUAAUAACGAAGGGCUCCUUGAAGGCAGAGAGCCUGUAAGAAUCACUGAGGGUUUAUUUUGUAUACCAACUGCUAAACUAGAUGCUUCAUACAUUGUUGGUCAAUACUUACCACAGCCCUGUAAAGUAGAAAUUAAUUCUUCCAGGUGACACUAAGGCUGAUAUAAUGAAUACCCUGGCACAGUUGGAAAGCUGGGAAGACAGGAAUUGAACUCAAGCCUUCUUGUCACCAAGGGCCAUGCGCUUGUACUCUGCCAUGCAGUUUCUUCUUAGUUCCUGUGGAUUCCUCAUACCUGGCACUUGGCCUUAGGUGUACAUACACCUGCACUUUGCUUAACACAUAACAGUUGGACCACAAAUAGUUAUUGAAUGAAUACUUACAUAUACUAAUAUUUUAUGGACUAAAAACAGCUCAAAGUAAAUAUAUUAAUAUGUUUAUUCCAUUGCUAUCUGGAUAACCACUCAACUUUUCUGUUGAAAAUGACCAUUUAAUUAAAGAAGGUUGGAUAGAGCUCUCUAUAUGGAUUUUGGACAGACAGGGGUUUCAGGUCAUAAAUACUCUGAUGAGUUAAUAUAAAAUGAGAGAAACUGUAAAUUCCCACUACUAAAAAUCACAAGAAUAACAGAAACAAUUGUGCUGAACAAUUUAGUGAUUUAAAAAAACAGCUAUGAAUGUUUAGACUUAAAUAACCCCCAUCCAAGUGUGAGAAGCCCUUGCAAUUUUUCAAAACAUAUGGAAGUGUUAAUACACUUUGACAAAGGACCAUUUGAAAAGUCCAGAAUUCUGACUUAAAGAAGCAAAGUCAUGACUAAUACAUUCUGAGAGACUUGCAGGCUCUGGGAAUUCAGACAGGAACGGGUGAGAAUUAUUAACUGUUGCUGGCUGAUGGCCCAGACAGUCCUCAGCAGCCCUGUAUAAGUCCCUGGGUUUGGGAUGGAUCAACUCUGUGACUGGAAAGUGGCCAAAUCUUUGCAAAUGAGAAAGAUUUUUCUUAUAAGUUCUUACUGUAGGCAACUAAUCACAUAAAUUAUUUGUCAGAGAAUUUGAAAACUCUUUCAUUUAUAACUUGUAUUUCCAAGAGUUUAUGGGUCAUCUCUGCAUAGAUGUCAGACAUCACCUCAAAUUUAGUGUCCAAAAUUGAACUGACAGUUCUGUCUCUGACCUCCCAACUUGCUUUCCUUCUGUUUUUCCUAUGCUAACGAUUCACCAUGAUCAGAAUAAUUAACAUUUAUCUGGUGCCUAUUGUAUACUAUUCCCUGUCCCGUCUUAUAUUUACUCAUUUAAAGACCAUAAGAAACAUUAAAACUCAUCUGCCUUCUCAAGAAGAUACAGCCAUCCUCUGUUUUACAAAGUAGGAAGCCGAGUCACAGAAAGGUGAAGUCUUUAAGGCUGAGUCACAGUAGCUCAUCCAACUAGGAUUCAACUCCAGGAGCUGGGUACCGAACUGUACUCUUCACCGCUUCACCAAUCAGCAGCUACCCAAGGAGGAAAACGUCUUCAUCCUUGACUCCUUCAUUCUCCCUGUCACCCCAGAUCCCUGUACACCAUCUAGUCAGAGAAUAGGUCCCGUCAAUUUCAACUUCUCUACAUGGCUUCUCUCAGCCAUGUCCCCGUAAUCGGCCUAAUUCUCUAACACACCUUCCCUCUACAUGCUCACUCCGUCAGAUCAUUGCUUUGUCAUGUGUCACCUGGGAUGCUAUUAGGUAAAGAGCAAUCUUUCUAAAACAAGGUUCUUACCACUUCACUUCCAUACUAAAUAUUUUUCCUGGGGGACCAUACUCCUUAGCAGUCUGGCCCAUCAGACCUUCCAGGCUGUCUCCUGCCUAGUCCCUAGGCUCCAGCCACACAGAAUUGUCAUGGGUCCACACACCCACCAAAUUCUCCCACGCCUUUGCCCAUGUUGUGUCUUCUGUCUGGAAUGCCCUUCUGUCUCUGGCUUUUUCAUACUUCAAGGAUCAGACUGAGUAUUCCUUUUGUGUGGGCUUCCAAAACCUCCCAUCCAAAGCUGUAUAUAUAGCUCUCUAUUUAUUCUUUAACAGCAUUUGGUACACACGUGCAGAGUAGUAGCUUUUAUCACAUUCUAUGAUCAUUCCAUAGCUAUGGUAUUUUCUUAGCUCUCUCUCCAACUGGUUAAUAAGUUGUUUUGUCUCUGAGUACCUAAUGAACCUCAGUUCCUCAAAAAAAAGUUUAUUUAUUAGUUCAUUACUAAUUUGAACAUGAAAAUUAUGUUCACUAGUGGCAAAUGCCACUAACCCUAUUCCAGAAGCUAGGUAUCACAUUUGCAGCAAGAUAUCUUAUCCUCUCCACAUGUCGCCUUUUAUUUUAGGCAUUUGUAAAUGUCUAUUAAUAAAGUAUUGUUCAUAUAUUUUACCUUGUAAGUGCCUAAGAAAUGAGACUACAGGCUCCAUUUCAGCAGAUACACACAAUAAAUACCAUUUUAUAAUGCA